AUGCAUCCCCGAUGGAAUCUCAAUCAAUAUGUAACUUAUAUUUUACUAACACUUGUUUUUCUCUCAUCAUGGACAGAUAUUAAUGGAAUCUAUGCGGAACUACCACAGAUUAUUCUAACUCAACCUGAAAGUUGGAAACUAGGUGCAAACUUAGCUUUAACUACUAAUCUUGGUAAUAUUGCGCCAUUUGUACUUGUUCUUGUUAAAUUAUUUUAUCGUGAACGUACACUGAACCCAGUGCCGAUUAAUUAUGUUGUUAUUGUUAUUGGUAUGCUGUCAUGUUUUCUCUUAAUAUUCUUUUGGUCAUACACAACAAUCAUUGUAAAUGUAAGUCGUAGUACGGCUUUGUUAACUCUUGCCUUUUUUCUUUCGCUACUCGAUUGUACUUCGUCCAUUUCAUUUGCUGAUUAUAUUCAUCGAUUUCGAAAAGAAUUUACUAAUACACUUUUUCUUGGCGAAAGUCUUACAUCUAUUCUACCGAGUCUAUUGGCAAUAGCACAAGGCAAUGGUCGAAUUCGGUGCAUUCAAACAAUCAAUGGAACAACGACAACUGAAGCUAUUUAUGAACCUGCCCGAUUUUCAGUAUCAAUCUAUUUUCUAUGUUUAUUUCUUCUUCUAACAAUUUCAUUUAUUUCAUUCGUACUUUUACAAUGGACAUCUAUUGCUCGCAAUGCACAUCAAAUCGUGCCAGAAUCAUCAUUAGAAACAAUUGAUACAAUCGAUAAACAAGAAAAAACGUUAUCUACUUCAUCGUAUCUUCUUCUUUCGUUAGGAUGUAUUUACACAAGUUCAGUACUGUUUGGAUUUAUUCUUGCAAUAUCAACAUAUGUAUUAAUGCCUUAUGGACAUAAGAUUUUUUAUUUAGGAACAAUUCUUUCACCGUGGAUGCUUGUACUUGUUUGGCUUCUUGGUAUUAUAAAACCUAUUUUACGGAAACGUUAUGUCUACAUUUUAAUUAUCCUUGGAUCAUUUACAUUUGCAUUUACUAUGUUUGUUUCAUUUAAAAGUCCAUGUCCACCAUGGGUUGAUACAACUAAAGGUAGUGUUCUGAUUUUAUUCGUAUGGCUUAUUACUUAUGUAUUGUUGGGUUAUCCUCGUUUGGUAAUUGCAAAUUAUGUACGAACAUAUUCAUCGAAUGGAAUGUUCUGGUUUGGCGUUCACGUGCAAUCAGGCGCAUUAGUCGGAUCUAUUGUAUCUUAUCUUUUAGUUGAAGCGUUUUCUUUAUUUCGUGAGCGAAUAGCCUGUGAACAAAUAAUUUGUUAA